AUGGCCUCUUCCCGUGUCUUCGCCAGCCGUCUGGCUUCCACCAUGGCUGCCACCUCCAAGGUUGCCCGCCCUGCCGCUCGCGUUCAGCUCAACGCUGUCGCCCCCAAGCGCACCUUCACCACCCAGAAGAAGAUCAACAUGACCCCCUUCCAGACCGUCAAGCGUCAGUCUCCUUCCGGCCUCAUCCAGGCCAACGCCCGCCAGGCUUUCGCCGCCCAGGGCCGCCGUCAGUACUCCUCUGAGAUCGCCGACGCCAUGGUCCAGGUCUCCCAGAACCUGGGUAUGGGUUCCGCUGCCAUCGGUCUCGGUGGUGCCGGUAUCGGUAUCGGUCUCGUCUUCGGCUCCCUCCUCCUCGCCGUCUCCCGCAACCCUGCCCUCCGUGGUCAGCUCUUCUCCUACGCCAUUCUUGGUUUCGCCUUCGUCGAGGCCAUUGGUCUGUUCGACCUGAUGGUUGCCAUGAUGUGCAAGUACGUCUAA